AUGAAGUCCCCCAUUCAGGGAUUUGAGCGCACGCUGUUCAAGGGGUAUGUGGGGCUCAUGCUGGCAGUGAAGCGGCAGCCAGUGGUGGUUCACAUCGAGGCCUCUGCUGCCACAUUCAUCGAAUAUGAUGGGGUGGGUACUGAUCGUAAUCCUACCUGCUAUACUGGCAACCUGAACCAUGCUGUACUUAUUGUUGGGUACCUCGUCUCAACAACUGAUGACCGCCAAAGCCCCGUUGAUCUGCCGUAUUGGAUCAUCCGCAACUCGUGGGGAGUGGAUUGGGGAGACCAGGGCCACAUGCACAUGGACAUUCAGGGAGGGGAUGUCGUGUGUGGCAUCAACAUGCUACCUGGCAUCUAUCCCAUUGUCAAGAUGGACAUGUGCAGUUCGUUCUCUAUCAACCCCUGUGCUGCGGGCACAUGCAUCAACGAUGGCAAGGGCGCCUACUCCUGCAUCUGCCCGCCCAACUACUUUGAAAGCAGAACGCUUGACAACUCCCCCACCUGCGACCCAGUGCAAAACAUGGGUGACACCUGCUCCUCUAUCAACGCGCAGAUUGGACUCGCAACAACUGAGCUUGCCUCCCUCAAUCCCGGCCUGAACUGCUCUGAGCCCAUCAAGGCGGGCCACUCUUUGUGCAUCGAGCGCAAUGCCACCUUCGCCUUCACUGUCCCUCGGUGCUUGCAGUAUGGCAUGCUCACAACACAGGACACGUGCGAGGACCUGCUGCUGCAGGGCAUGGAGUCUAGUGAGGAUGGGUCCGUGGGCCCUUUGAGUGGGGGCGCAUCUGUGGGUUCUGAUACCUGGAUGGAGCUAUACCGCAACAAUCCCGGCCUCAUCUGCCCUCGCACCAUCCCCGCGACCAGCACCACUGUUUCCAGCGUGACUAGCGUGCAGGUGAGAUGUGGGAAGCCAGAAAGAUCCCGAAGCAUGAGAUCCUUCCUUUUUCUUAAUGUUCUCCCCCUUCUCUCUCGCUGUGUGCAUGCACCUCCUAUCUCAGGUGUGCCUUAA